AUGGAAUCCCAGUUAGAGCCUCAAUCGCAUCGCGCCAAUGCAAUGCCGGCCGCCCAAGCUGCCCUGGCGACAGAACAGAACAAAGCAGCAGCAGCAGCAGCAGCGAUUCGCAAUUCGCAUCCCUCCAGUGAGUGCGCAGCAUCGGUCUUGGAGGGUGGUUCAACUAGUCCUCGGAGCAACAACAACGAGAGCACCGGUGCACAUGCAGCCUCUUCUUCUAGGCUAAGCCAGGCUGUGGAGAAAAUUGCCAGAGCAAUGGAAGCCCUGGCAGAGGAAACAGCGGAGGGAAUUCCUUUAGCGAAAUCGACAUCCUUACCAGGAGCUGAGAGGUAUGCUACUCAGCUGAAGGUUCAAGUGCCUCAUGGCGUAUCGGUCUUAAAGGGCAGCAGCAACAGCAGCGGCUUGUGCUGUUGCUGCCCAUCAAGUGAAGUCUCGUACUUGUAUUUCGCGGCUGCAAGGCUUCUGCAGCAUUUGGACGCCUCUGCAGUUGUUGAUGCCGCUAGAAGGAAGCGAUUUCACAGGGCCCGCAUUGCAGCUGCUGAAGCUGAUAGAGCGGCGACUGCACCGUGGCGUUACUUGCUCUCCGUCGGAAGCCGUUCCUUGCUUCUUCUUCUCACAGAGUAUGUCUUUUUGCCGUUCAAGCAUGCCUACCUCCAGCAGCAGCCUAAUUACCACCAGAUUUUUGUCGUGCAGCUAGCGGGCCUAGCGUGUCUCUCGUUGCGGCAGUGGAGUCAGCUGCAGAGGGUCAUUACUUUGCUGCAUGGGGGCUUGUUGCAAGUCUCAGCAGCAGCAGCAGCAGACACGGAGAUACAUUGUCUACCGCUAGCGAUCAUAGAACUUAACUGCUGCACGCAGCCCGCAGCAGGCGCACCAGAAGGCGAUGCAGAAGCGGCGGAUCAGAUGCUGCGGCAGCUCCAAAUAUUCGCCCUCUCACUGCAUCAGACGCAACACGUGCGUGUAUACGCUUACGGAGACGCGCCACUGCAGGAGCAACGGCAACAGCAACAACAGCAACUCCCAAAGCAGCAGCCGCGCUGUUUGUUGUACGCCGGAGGCGACGUCCUCUUAGAAGCCCCCCCUUUGCCUCCUCAAAGUCUAUGCAGCAAAGCCGUAGCGCUGCUCGAGCAGCUACGCCAAAGGCUACUGCUGCCGAUGCAGCUGCGCAUGCGAUACUUCACUCGCGGUGGCAGCAGCGAAAGCAGCAGCAGCGACUGCAGCACGAUCAAUACGGCUCGCAAGGGCGACCUGAUAGAGUCGCUAUUCUAUGGACAGAGGGGGGAAGCUGCUCCUCCCCGCCUGCUAAUCUAUGGCUGCGGCAGAGCACCAUCACUAUCAGGUGCGUGUUCUUCUGCGGCUGGCACAAAAGCGGCAGUUGAGCAGCAGCAGCAGCUGCCGCAAGCUGGCGCCGUUCACCGGAUAAGCCCUCAGCAGCUGCUGCAGCACCUCUUUACCCUCCCAGAAGCUGCCGGACUGCAGCUGCUAGUGCUGCCGUUGGCGGCUGUUGUCUCACCCUACGUGGGAGACACCGAGCAGCGCCUGACGCAGCUGUUUGCGGCUGCUGCGGCUGCUUCUCCCUGCGUGCUGCUGCUUCUUGGCGUGGAGCGAGCAGCAGCAAACAGGUCAGUCCUCUCUCCCUUCCCCCCCAAGCUACAGCUGCAACAUCCCCCGCAUCAGCAAGGAGCAGCAGCAUCCAGAAAGGGCCCCCCUUCCCAAGGCGGCUCUAGCCGCAGCACCAGCCAGCGGCGGCUGCUGGCCGCGCUGCUGCUAGCGCUAGACACUCUCGAAGACAAAAGGCGACUGCAGCUGCAGCAGCAACAGUCUCCGCUGCACGGGGGAUUGCAGGACACACAAGGCACCGACCAGCAGCAGCAGCCGCCACCGCUCCCCCCCCAAGGAUCCGUUGUUCUUCCUCGCCUCGGCAGCAAGGAGGACGAGAAGCUGCGAAGGCUUUUGGGAGGUCCCUGCCCAGCAGCUGCGGCUGGUGUGGCAAUCGUUGCAACAACGCAGCUGCUGCCAGAGGAGCUGGACUCUGCAGUUGUGCGUGCCGGCAGACUAGACAGCUGGAUACCCUGGGCAUAG